AUGCCCGACGCGAUACCGGCCUGCUUCGGCACCGCGGCGACGCCCGGCGGCCGGGCGUCGGCCGCCGCAUCGGGGUCCGGCGGCUCCGGGGCGGGGACGAGCCUGGCCACGUCCGUCUACGACACGCGCCUCGGCCUAGCCGCGCUAUCCUGGUCGCGCGCCGCGCUGGGGCUCAGCCUCCGCGCCGUGCUCCGCGUCCCCUCAGCGGCGGCGUCCGACGACGGCGGCGAGUGCGAGUGCGACGACGAGGAGGCGACGGUGGCCGUGCGCGUGCGGCCGUGGCUGCUGUGGCGGCGGCGCGGGUCCAAGCGCUUCCGCGUGCGGGGCCGCCGCGUGGUGGACCUGGCCUGGGACCUCUCCCGCGCGCGCUUCCCGCCCUCGGGCGGCUCCCCGGAGCCCUGCUCGGGGUACUUCGUCGCCGUCGUGGUGGACGGCGAGAUGGCGGUCGUCGCGGGGGACAUGGCGGAGGAGGCCUACAGGAAGACCAAGGCGCGACGCCCGCCUGGGCCGGGCCCCGUCCUCGUCUCGCGCCGCGAGCACGUGUCCAUGCGCGACGGCGGAGGACUCGGGCACCGGACCUGCGUCGUCGUGCGCGGCAAGCAGCGGGAGAUCUCGGUGGAUCUCGUCUCGCGCGCCGCCGCCCAGGGCGGCCAGGGGCGGGAGCGGGACAGGGCCGAGGUCGGCAUGUCCGUCUCCGUCGACGGCGAUCGCGUGCUCCACGUCCGCCGCCUGCGCUGGAAGUUCCGCGGCACCGAGAAGGUGGACCUCGGCGGCGGCGACCGCGUCCUCGUCUCCUGGGACCUUCAUAACUGGCUCUUCCCCGCGCGCGACACCUCGCCACCCGACGCAGCCGUCGCCGCUGCCGCACUCACCGCGGCCGCGGCUCCGCCCGCGCACGCCGUCUUCGUCUUCCGCUUCAAGCUCGCCGGCUGCAACGGCGAGGAGCGUGACCCAGCCGACGACGCCAAGGAGAAGGAGCUGCUCGACAAGGCCGGGGGAGGCGGCGGCGGCUGGGCAGGCUAUGUUGGUAGGUGGGGAAGAGGGGGGGACUGGAGCGAGAGCAGCAGCAAUGGCGAGAAGACGAGGAGGAAGAGGGGGCAGGCCAGCAGGCUGGCCAAGGCGAGCUCCUCCUCGUCGGCGUCAGUGGCGUCCUCCUCCGCGUCGUGGGCGAGUGGCUCCACUGUCAUGGACUGGGGCAGCCCCGAGGAGGCCGAGCUGCAGAGCGGCGACGGCUUCUCCCUCCUCGUCUACGCCUGGAAGAACUAG